UUGAUUUUAUUCGAAAAUUCAGAAUUUUUUCUGUCAAAAGGAAAUAUAGACGGGGAAUUUACUCGCGUCAUAAUGUUUCUUCAAUAAUUGUACUUUCAUCGAACUCGGAAAUCAACAAGGAAUUGGAGUUUGAUCGACAAGGCUGAUCGGGUCAAAAGAUGACGAACCUUGGAUCAAUUGUAUGUAUUUGGAUGUGUCUUGUAAUGAACUGUCAAAACGUAUUUGGGAUGAUUCGAGAGAUUUCUCCUCUUGGAAGUGAUUACGCUGUUAGUGAGUUGACUAUACAACAAAAACAAGAUAUGUUGGAUCAACAUAACCACUUUCGCUCCAUGGUUCGACCAACUGCAGCUAACAUGGAAUACCAGGAGUGGAAUGAUGACCUCGCUAAUUUAGCACAAAUGUGGACAAACAGAUGUACCUGGUCACAUGGUUUCGUUAAAUUCGGCGAUGCCUAUCCUAAUAAACCGACCGAGGYUCUCAGGGCCGACCACCUAGGUCAAAACUUAGCACGAGAGUAUGGCAAAAUAACCAACCCAGAGACUCGCGUGGAAAGAUGGUACAAUGAGUACAAGUAUUAUAGAUUCAGCAAGUUCCAGAGUCCAAUGGGUCCAAGUCAGUGUUUGCCUAGAAGAAUAUGUGGACAUUACACACAGCUGGCUUGGGCACUAAGUAGAUACGUUGGAUGCGGGAUGACGUGGUGUAAUAAGAGGUUUGACAAUGGAUACCAUCCUCCAUCUAACCCUGGAGAGACGUUGGUUAACUGUGACUAUUCACCAAGCGGUAAUGUGAUCGGUCAUUACCCCUACAAAACAGGAAAACCUUGUUCAAAAUGUGCAUCUGGGAAAGGAUGGUGUUACGAGAACCUUUGCAGAGACUGCAAGGAUUACAACGCUGAAUGUGGCCAAAAACUGACCAGAGAAAUGUGUAACACAGACACACAAAAAAUGAAAAAAGUUUGCCCAAAAUUCUGCAAUUUGUGUGAGUGCCCACUAAGUUGUGUCAAUGGAGGUACUCUCAUCAAAGACCAGUGCAAGUGUACAUGUCCUACUGGGUGGAGACCGCCUGACUGUUCAGAGCAAUGUAGAGACAAGCCAUUCAAAUCUGCGUGCAAGGGUUUCCUGAAAGAGGGAAGAAGAUGUGAUCAGCCUUUUAUGCAGGAGAAUUGUCCCUCCACGUGUGGGAUAUGUGAUGACGGUACUGGCAGUGGACCAGCAGUGAUAACUCCCAAUCCAGUAGAAUCCAUUCAACCCACCCAACCACCACUAGUCACGCCGCCUCCACGGACACCCAACCCAACAUCAGAACCAUGGCCGACAGCUGUACCACCCGUUAGUCCAACACCAGGACAGACACAACCUACCAACCCAAACCCAGAACCUUGGCCUACAGUAAGGCCAACAUCACCUGCUGCUAAGACAGAAGGAUACUUGAACCAGCAAGGUUGUAUCAAAGAUGACAACCCAAAGUGUUCCACAUGGGCUUCUGAAGGAGAGUGCGAUUGGAAUCGUAAUUGGAUGAUGAAGCAUUGUUGUGCUAGCUGUAAUACGUGGAAAAAAGGAGAAUGCAAGGACACAGACCAUCAGUGUCCGCUUUGGGCCGCUAAUGGAGAAUGCGAGAAGAAUCAAAAGUGGAUGUUAAUUAAUUGUCGAAUAAGCUGCAACCAGUGUAAAGCGUGUCAAGAUCUUCUCGACACCUGUCCAGAUAUGGCGCUCCAAGGUCAAUGCAAGAAAAAACCCGUAAAAAUGUUGACCAAAUGCAGAAGAAGCUGCGGACUGUGCAAAGUUUAUGAUAAAGAGGCGUGGUGUCCUGCCUGGUCAGCGAAAGGUAGUUGCUAUGGUGAUAACUGGACCUGGAUGUUUAACAACUGUCCACGCAGCUGUGAUGUACCACUGUCGAGCCAUCAGUACUGCGCGACCAAGCCAGAUGGUUUCUAUUCCACCUCAUUAACAUGCAAAGGUUACAUCGAAUGUCUCUCUGGGGCGACAAAGUUUGUUUCUUGUCCAGACGGGUACAUGUUCCAGAAAUACAACAAGAUAUGUAAGAUGACAAAUGAGUUUGAAUGCGACCAAGUGGACGCUGAUGAAGACGGUCAUUUAAGGAAAAAGAGUAACGUUCACCGUUACAGUCACUGACGAUGAGUGACAGUUAGUCAUUCACGUGCAGUAUUGGCCAGCUAUUGAAUCGUAGGACACGCCUUUGAAGGACUACUUCGUCGAUAUAGCGGCCAUCUUGGGUCACAAUACAUUAUGGGGAGCUAG